AACGCGAAUCGAGUGAAAAAUAACGACGAAUCCGACAUUUUUUCGGUAAAUUGUCGUCACUGAUACGAGUCCAAUUUCACUCUCUUUCUUCUCGUCGUCGUAACGUAUUGUACAAAGUAUAAAGUGUUCUCGAAACGUUGUCAAUUAUUUCUUCGUCUACGACCACGGUGAUUCAUCUAUCACGCUUCGAAUUUUCAUUUGAAGCCGAGUACAAAACGAUUUCGAACAUAUUAAGAUCGUGAAAAGAAUUUGCUUUGAACAAUUCGCGUAUACGUAGACGGUGAGUGAGCGAUUUUCUUUGAUUGAAAAAUGGACAACGUAAUUCGCGAAUACCAGGAUAUUUUCAAUUUGCCAGGUCGAACAAUAACGCGUUAUUUAUCGGUUACAUCGUCGCCGAUAAGAGCGUAUAGAUAAUAAUUAUCGGAAGAAAGUUGAUCGAAAGGUAUUAAAGUUUCGACUUUCUAUAGUGUUCCAACGAAUAAUAAUCGUGAAAACCGUGAAACCAGAAUCUUCGAUAUAGGUUUAAGAAGGAUCGAACCCUUUCGCAGAGUGACAGACGUGCGCGCAGGCAAGAGUAGCAAAAAGAUAAUAGUGACUGCUUGAAAAUAAGCAAAAUUAAAUAAAACAAGACGGACAAGACGUAAGAAGCACAUGACUGCAGUUUGAUAUGAAGAAACUCGUGACAGUGAAACCGAUAAACCACCGAGAAUAAUUUAAUCGACCGCAACAACCCGCAAAAGUGUUCAGUCCUUUGCCGACAUGUCCAGGAACCAGAAUUACCGGACGUUUACCGACGAAAAAGAUGGAGAAAUACAAAACUCCGAAAAAUCAUCUUUGGUGGAUCCAAGUGUACUUCCAAAGAUCCAAUCAUCCACCAAAUUAGAAGAUGAAAAGUCUGCAUUGGAAUCAAACAAUGUACACAGUGAUCCAGAAAAUAGUCAAAAUGUUAAUGUCAAUGGAAGCGUGGUCAGACAAGUCCUUGCAGCACUAGUAGCACAGCUUGGAACUAUUAAUACAGGCAUGACCUUUGGUUUCUCUGCCGUUGCUCUCCCACAACUUCAAGAACCAAAUAGUACCAUUCCAAUUGUGGAAGGAUCUUCAGAGGAAUCAUGGAUUGCUAGUAUGACUUCUAUUGGCACUCCGAUUGGAUGUUUAGUGUCUGGAUACAUGAUGGAUGUACUUGGAAGAAAACGAUCUCUCAUUAUUACGGAAAUUCCUGCAUUACUUGGCUGGAUAUUAAUUGCAUUUGCAACCAAUAUUCAUAUGAUAUAUGCUGGAAGAUUCUUUGUAGGACUUGGAUCAGGCAUGGUAGGUGCUCCAGCGCGCGUCUAUACUGGCGAAGUAACUCAGCCUCAUCUUAGGGGAAUGUUGACCGCUUUUGCGAGCGUCGGUGUUAGCACCGGUGUUUUGAUUGAAUACGCAUUAGGAAGUGUACUUACGUGGAACGUCUGUGCAGCAAUUAGCGGAAUUUUACCUCUUGCUGCUUUGUUAUUAAUGUUUCUUUUUCCUGAAACGCCGUCUUAUCUCGUAUCGCGGAGUAGACCUGAGAAAGCACGAAAAGCGUUGAAACAGUUUCGCGGUAGUACGUGUAACAUUAAUCAAGAAAUGGAAACGCUUAUCAAUUUUUCCAAUAAAAAUAAUAUCAAGCGGUUAACAGGAUUUCGGGAAAUAGUAAGCGCCCUUUUAAAACCGAAUGCUCUUAAACCAUUCACGCUAUUAUUUUUAUAUUUUUUGAUAUACCAGUGGUCAGGUACGAAUGUCAUAACUUUUUAUGCUGUUGAGAUUUUCAAAGAUUCAGGUGCAUCGUUAAAUAAGUACUUAGCUGCAGUAAUUCUCGGUGUAGUAAGAUUAUUAUCCACGAUCGUUGCUUGCAUUUUAUGUAGAAGAUGCGGAAGAAGACCUCUCACGAUGGUCUCUUCCGUUGGUUGCGGAAUUUCUAUGGUAGGAUUAGGUGGAUACAUGUGGUUGAAAGAUUAUUGGACUACAAAUAAUCUUCCACUUGUUGCUAGUUGGUUUCCUAUUUUAUGUAUAUUUUUGUAUACCAUCACUUGCACUCUUGGUUUCCUCGUCAUUCCUUGGAUAAUGAUAGGCGAGGUAUAUCCAGUACAAGUCCGCGGUAUUAUAGGUGGUUUAACUACAAUGACAGCUCAUGCGUUCAUCUUUACAGUAGUUAAAACGUAUCCAUUUUUGGCUAGUACACUUACUCGGCAUGGUACUUUCAUUCUUUACGGUUGUAUAUCGUUAUUAGGUACAAUAUACUUUUACUUAUGCCUUCCCGAAACUAAGGGUAAGUCGCUUCAAGAAAUAGAGGACUACUUUUCUGGCAGGAAUAACAAUUUAAGUACUGGCAGUAUAGGUAGUAUUAAACCAAAAGUGUUAGAAGUGAAAAAAGGUCAGAUAUUACCCUCGUAAACCAAGUUGUCUAGGUACCGAGGAAAUCGCAAAACCUGUCUUCCAUUAAACAGAAACAAAGAUUAAGUUACUGUGUUGUUAUCAUUGACUGUAACGAGUACACAUAUUUUUAUUAGAGAAUAAUGUUUAGGUGAAAGUACUGUUCUGACGAUGAGUUCUUCGUCUUGUAACAAGACAGUAGAAUUAGUGAUUUGAUUGAAAAACUUUGAAAAUUAUUGAAAUCAUAUUAAGACUUUGCUAUCCAUAUUAUUUCGUCGUUUUAUAUAGGAUCUUUUUAAUUCACAAUGAUACGUAUUUAUUGACUAUAUUCUGUAAUUUAAAUCGUGCAUCUCCUGAACAAAGAGGUAACGUUUUUUUGUUUUUUUUUUAUGAAAGUACAAGCUAUUGAGAAGCAUCAAAUAUACUCAUGAAAAUGUUAAAUAUUUUUAUAAAUACCCACGAAAUAAUGUGCCUUGGAAAUUUUACAAUUCACGUACAAGCAACCAAAGGUGCUAUUUAUUGUUACCAUAGUAUUAUAAUACUUUUAUGUAUGUAAUUAUAAAUAUAAUGUAAUUAAGAACUAUA